CACGUAGACCCAUCUAGAUAUAAAUAGAAUAUAGAAAUGUCAGCCAUGUUGGAUAGUUAUAAGGGUUUGCUUUGCCAGCUUUUCAUAAAAAUUUGAAAGAUCAUGGAUCCACAGAUUAGUGCUCAAGACAUCUUACAAUGUCAGUUAUGUGAAUCACAUUUCCCACCACUAUCAUGUGACUUCUGUCGCAUAAACCUUUGCAAGAUAUGUGCUGGAGAACAUCUUCUAGAUGAUUCUAGAGACCAUAAAGUGGUGCCAAUUAAAAAGAGACGAACGACAAUUAAUUACCCUAAAUGCCCGACGCAUACAAAUAAACAGUGCGAACUCCACUGUGAAAAAUGUGAUAAUCCAAUUUGUGCACAUUGUAUUUCAUCAAAUGAACAUUUAGGACAUAAAGCAUGUGAUAUUAUGAAAGUGUUUAAUAUCAAGAAAGAAACUUUACAAAAAGAUUUACAGGAAUUAGAUAAAUUCAUUUAUCCAAUAUAUCAGGAUAUGGCAUUGAAUACCAAAUAUCAGAAAGCUGGUCUUGAAAUAAAUUCCAGGGAAUUGAUAACAAAUGUUGAGAAAUGGGGAGAUGAUUUGCACAGAGAAAUUGAUUCAAUAAUCAGCAGGAAGAAAACAGAAAUCAGUGAAACAAAAAACGUACUUUUAACUGUUCUUACUGAGCGUGAGGAUGAAAUUGCAUAUAGUUUAUCUUAUAUCAAACAAAAUAUUGUUGAUCUAAAGAACUUACAGGAAUCAAGCGAUGUUUACCUUGUUUCUGCGUACAAAUCAAGGAUUGAUGGAUUUAAGAAACUGCCUCCUAAACUUAAAGUUACCUUUCAAAGUGGUUGUCUUCCAAAAAUCAACACCACACAACUCUUUGAAGUGUUAGACUCUCCUAAUUUAACAAUUUCCGUUACCAAAGAAGAGCAGGAGUACAAAAUGGAUAUCCCUGGGUAUAUGUCCUCUCUCUCAGACAGCGAACCUGUAGAUGAAGUCGAGGUCAUUACCUCUAUAAGCACAGAUUAUAGAUAUCUCUUUUGUGUGACUUGUGUGAGUGAUGAAGAAAUUUUGCUAUGCGGCAAUAUUAACAUCAUGAAACUUUACAACCUUCAAGGUGAACAAUUAAAGUCAAUCAAAUCCAAGUCAGAGAACAUGCCGUGGGACAUUGCAGUGACGAAAAGUAAAGAUCUUAUUUACACUGAUUUCAGUAAUAGAAGCGUGAACUUAAUACGCGAAUCAGAAAUACAGAAAAUUAUCACACUCCGAGGCUGGGGACCUAUUAGAUUGUGUAUUACCUCCUCUGAUGACAUUUAUGAUGAGAAGUAAUGAUCGAAGACAAGUAAAAAUCGUACGCUAUUCCGGCUCCAUAGUGAAACAAAGCAUUCAAUUUGAUGACAAAGGCAAACCUCUCUAUUUACCAAUUUCCUACAUCAAAUACAUUUGUGAAAACAAAAACCAAGAUGUCUGUGUGAGUGACUAUUGUGCCGGUGCAGUAGUAGUGGUUAAUCAAGCAGGUAAAUUCAGAUUUAAAUACACUGGCUCGUCGAAUGCCAAAGAAUCAUUUAAACCAGUCGGAAUCGCUACAGACAACCAGGAACGGAUUUUAACAUCGGACUGUAACAACAAUUGCAUUUGUAUUUUGGAUAGCAACGGCGAAUUCCUUCGCUUUAUUAAAAAUUGUGAUCUAAACUGUCCAUGGGGUUUAUGUGUGGACUCCAGAGACAAUCUUUUUGUGGUUGAAAGAAACUUGGGUCGGGUGAAAAAAAUCAAGUAUAACACAUAAACGAACGAACAAUUUGUUUUUGAUUGGCAUUCAUCACAAAGUUAUACAUGGAAAUUCUUUAGAGAUAUGAAAGUGCUCCAGAUGCAGUAGAAAUGUAAUUUUCUGAAAACGCUUACAUCUCCUCCAUGAUUGAGGUCAUUGCUUUAAUUAUAAGACUUACCUUUUUUAUAAUCCUUUAGAAAUUCUUUGAAAAUAUAGAAAAAUAGAUGGCAUGUGGUCCUUAAGUACCAGCACAUUCUCAUUGACGAAUUCUUGAAAUACUUAUGUACAGAGACAGUGAUCUGCUUUUUCAAUGGAGAUACUGAAAAGUACUAUAGUCGAUCAUUUUAUUCGUGGAAGUGUGAGAUAUUUUGAAUGUGAAUGUAAGAUGUUUAUGGCAGCUGCUGUUACUAACAAAAGGUUGACCUUUUAGCAUAUUUAAGUGGCAUUUACGCUCCCUUUAAGUUGUCUUCACAGCAUCUUUAAGUUCCCUUUAAGUCAAGUCAACAGAUUCAUCUUGUAAACAUAUAUGAAAUGCAAAAGCUCUUUUAUAGGGAUGGGAGGAGGUGAUCCGAGUGAUGCUAUAAUUUCCAAGGAAGGGGGGGGGGUGUUCCAGGCGGUUUUAAUUGUCGCUCCAUUAAACACAGAUCGCUAUCAUCAACACCGCUCAAAUGGGCACAGGUUGCCGAUAUAAAAUUCUUUAUGAUUUCUUUUUUUGGGGGUUUCAAAAUUAUUGUAGGGGUGAGCGCAGUCAUCUGCGCAUGAAAUUAUAUUA